AUCCAAAGGAAACCAAACUGAAAACCAAACUGAUUCCGUUUCGAUUGCAUUUCUUUUUUCUCUCCUUCGUAACCUGAAUCUUUCAUGGCGGGCAUUUACCGGCCAUUCCUUCUUCUCCGAGACGUGGUGUUUAUCUUUCUUGUUUUGGUCGUACCCUUUUCGAUUUGCCAAGAUUUUCCUCAGAAUAUUGAAACUUUCUAUCCUCCUCUAGAUCAGUCUCCUGCGCCGGCACCUGCAGACCGAGCAAAGCCUCCUGUAUCUUGGCCAUCACCACCGCCGCCAUCAGCACUGCCACCAUCACCACCGCCGCCAUCACCACUGCCACCAUCACCGCCGCCGCCAUCACCAUCACGGGGGUCGUCCUCGAAUGGAGGAGCUAUUGUAAGAGCAGUGGUGGCAACUGCGGCGAGUACUUUGGUUGUUGCGGCGGUGUUUUUCUUUUUAGUCAGGAAGUAUUCGCAGCGUAGGAAAAAGGAGGGCAGCAGUGGCGGUGGCGGUGGCGGCGGCGAUGGGUUAAAUGCGGGUCAGUUUGUGGUGACUCGGAAUGAGUUUGAAAGAUAUGAUGGGAAUUUGAAGGGGUUGAUUGUGGAUGAAAAUGGGUUGGAUGUGCUUUAUUGGAGAAAUCUGGAAGAGGGGAACAACAUAAAUGGGCUUCAGAAACAGAACUUUGAUGGGGCGAAAGAUAAGGAAGAAGAAGAAGAAGGCGGACUUGUUCCCAGGGACAGGCGGAGGAAGGUGGGGCCGACACAGGAAAUUCCCCUGCUUCGAGGGAAAUCUUCAACCUCCCACGUUAAAAUUCGACCAGUGGAUGAUGAUGAUUCCACUAAAGUUACACCCGCCCUUCCUCGGCCGUCUGCCGGAAUAACCCUCAUGGCGGUUGGAAAGCAAGAAGCCCCAAUUCAACCACCAAUCCCUCCUCCUCCUCCUCGAGCACCAGUGCCACCUCCUAAAGCCCUACCUCCACCACCCCCAUUGCCAAUUCAAAGCUCUGCUCCACCACCUCCACCUCCACCAAUCCCAGGAAGGAAAAAUCUCGCACCACCGCCUCCUCCGCCUAAGGUAGGUGGUCCGGCCGUGACACCACCUGGAGGACCCAAGAGCGGGGAGUCUUCAGCUGCAGAAGGUAGAAAUGGUCAGGUGAAACUAAAGCCCUUGCAUUGGGAUAAAAUGAACAGAACUGAUCAUUCAAUGGUGUGGGACAAAAUUGAAGGAGGUUCUUUCAGGUUUGAUGGCGAUCUUAUGGAAGCCUUAUUCGGAAGGGUAGCAGUCAACCGGAUCUCUCCUGCAAGAGAAGAUGAAUCAAGGAAAAGAAACAGUCGUAAUUCCAGCCGUUUAGCACAGAUUACAAUUCUUGAUCCCCGGAAGUCCCAGAACACGGCCAUUAUCCUCAAAUCUCUGGCACUCUCUCGCCGGGAACUCCUUGAUGCCUUAAUUAGUGGUCAAGGUCUGGAUGCAGACACCCUAGAGAAGCUAACGAGAAUUGCCCCAACAGAAGAAGAACAAUCUGAAAUCCUGGAGUUCUCCGGAGACCCUUCAAGAUUUGCUGAUGCUGAAUCUUUUCUAUACCAUCUCCUGAAAACCGUUCCAUCUGCAUUCAGUCGUCUAAAUGCCAUGCUUUUCAGAUCAAACUAUGAUGCAGAGAUUCUCCAAUUGAAGGAAUGUUUGCAAACACUUGAUGCAGGGUGCAAGGAGCUUCGAACUCGGGGACUAUUCAUGAAACUUUUGGAAGCAAUCCUUAAGGCAGGGAAUAGGAUGAAUGCAGGAACUGCUCGGGGGAAUGCUCAAGCUUUCAAGCUCACUGCUCUACGUAAGCUCUCUGAUGUCAAGAGCACAGAUGGAAAGGCUACCCUGCUACACUUUGUUGUGGAAGAAGUAGUCCGGUUUGAGGGAAAACGCUGUGUUCUCAGUAGAAACCGCAGCCAAAGUCGCAGCAGCAGCAGAAACAGCAAUGGCAGCCUGAGUUCUGAUCAGAACUCAGAAUUGAAAGAGGAUAGGGAGAGGGAAUAUAUAAUGCUUGGAUUACCGAUCGUAGGAGGCCUCAGCGCGGAGUUCUCCAGUGUAAAAAAGGCUGCUGCGAUGGAUUUUGAUUCAUUUUCUGGCAUUUGUUCAUCUCUCACUGCCCGUGCAGCAGAGAUACAGAAGGUUUUGUCUGAAUGUUCCGCUGAUGGAGAAGGGAGAUUCCUCAGAGAAAUGAAAGGCUUUCUUAAUGCCACUAAGGAAGAACUAAAUGCUUUAAAAGAGGAGCAAAAGAGAGUAAUGGAUCUUGUAAGAAGAACAACGGAGUAUUACCAAGCAGGAGUUUCCAAGGAUGAAGGAGCUCAUCCACUUCAACUGUUUGUCACAGUUGCAGACUUUCUAGGCAUGGUCGAUCGUGUCUGUGUAGAAAUAGCUCGAAACCAGCAAAAGAGAAGAUCAUCGGAUUCUAGUUAUGGACCACAAUCUCAAAAUUCAAAUCCACGGACAAUGAGGUUCCCAAACUUACCACCACACUUCUUCAGUGGGAGAUAUGGUGAAAGUUCCAGUGAGUCAGAUGCUGAUUCAUAGGUAGAUAACGUACAUAGAUUGUUCAUAGUGCUGAAGAAGGCAAAAGAGAGAAGUAUAGUCGACAUGUUUUUGCAUUUUUUCAAUUCUUUGUCCAACUAUUGUUGAGGUUUCUUUCUGUAAGUAAAUUUUAAGUUUUGAU